CCCGGAAGUAGCCAUUGGCAACCCGAUACACAAUAGCGACUUGCGCCAUUUUGAAACGUAUUAUGGUUUUCUUCGUUUGGCCUUGAUCUGUCCUCUUGUCCUGGGGAAUAAGAGGCCAAGAAGUGGCAGAUAUGGCUACAGAGGAGAGCGAGACAAGUUCGCUAGCGGAAGAAGAGAUCUCCUCAGACGAGGCAGAAACUGUCCGACGUCUCCACGAUGCCUCCAGCCAACCAGACGAGACCUUCAUCACGGAGAGCAGGAAGCGGCCGGAGUGGCGAGACAUUGACAUCCCGCCGGCGCCGUAUCCACUGUCUAACGACAUGUUCAUCACUAAAGUGGAGCACACCAAAAAUCUACUGAGAGCCAAGGAUGUGGAGGCAGGUUUUGGGGAGGGGCAGUCCUCAGAAGAAUGGCUCAUCAACCACAGCAUUGAACAUGAGGGGCUGACGAUAAAGGAUGUACUGAACAAGGGGAAAGUCACUCAGCCCAAGGCUAAGAUGAGCUCAGAGAAACCCAUGAAACACGUACAGUUUGAAGCAACUGACAUCAAUGAGUUUGAAUACAAGCUUAAUUUAGCAAUUGAACAGUAUCACAAGAGAAUAAAAUGGCUUCUCCAAGGGACCAAAAGGCACUUUGGUCUAGUAAAGGGUACGAAGGUUGCCGUUCUGAUUGACACGUCAGAUGCAAACUGUGCAUUUGGCCGCAUCAACGCUUUCAAGGACGAGAUUGUACACCUGAUAGAUGAACAGCUGAGCACGAAGGAUGGUCUGUACUUCAUGUCAUUUGGCACAGACGUCCAGCCGCUUUGGGACAAUGUCAGAGACGUCAAUGUCAGAACUCUUCAGGAGGCCCGAGAGUGGAUGGCCAGAAGAGAGGGCACCGGUGGCUGUAACCUACUCAGGGCACUGAAGAAGGUUCUGACUAUCAAGAAAGUCAACUACUUACUUAUCAUUCUGGGCAACUGCCCUGACCAGACCACUGAGAUCCUCUGUAACUACGUGGAGCAGUGCAUGGUGGGAAGGGCACUACCCAUACACACAGUUGCCUACGACUGCAGCAAUCACAUGACCAACGUUACACUAAGAACACUUGCAGAAAGAUCGGGUGGGAGGUACCAUUGUUACGCUUCAGGCUGCACGGAGCAAAUCUACACCGGCACAGAUAUCAGUAUCCUCCUGAGGGAGUCCAAGAGAGCUCAGGACGUCAUCGCCAAGAUCAAGGAGAUGAGAACAGGCAUGAUGGGAGAUGCCCUCAUCAGCAUCAUGAACGAGAUCUCCUAUGAGGUAGAGAAGCUGCCCCAGUCCAGGUUCCUGCCCCGCCCUCCCAACCACAGCGGACCACUCAACAUCGAGACUCCAAACUUCCAGCCAAAAACCUCCGAGGUUUGGCUGAAAACAAACGGACUGAAAGGUAAGAAGCUGAACCUGUACCAGGUCUUGUCACCUAACGCCUUCUCACCCAUUGAGGAGUUUAUUCCAGUCAUCAAGAAGGUUGUCACAUCACAAGUUCACGAGAAAUCCAUGGCCCAGUUCCAGUGGCAUGAUGGGACGGUGAAGAACGUUCACGUGGACCCGACCAUGCUGUACGACUACCAGAAGCGGCUGGGCGCCAUCGUCAAGACGUACGAGAGGCGCGUGGACUGGCUGUCCAGCGGCAGCCGUCGGAUCUGGGGGACGGUGUGCGAGAACCGCGUGGUCAUCUUGGUGGACUUGUCCAUCAUGAACGCCAACUACCUGAUCCACAUCCAACACUCCCUCAGACUGCUGCUGGAGGAACAGAUGGGCAACAAGGCCUACUUCAACAUCGUGGCGUUUGGAAGUGUGAUGAAGUCCUGGAAGAAAUCCCUGCAGCCACCAACACCUGAAAACCUGCAGAGUGCAUGGAAAUGGGUUCUGAACCUGGAGUGUGGCGGGAGUAGGAACUUCCUGGAGGGGUACAAGUACGCCGUGGAGAAUGAUCUGGAUGAGAAGUUCCACACAGCAGCGCAGGGCGUCUAUCUUUUCACCAGCGGGGUGCCCGACCAGCAGGAGGAUGUGGUUUGUUCCUACAUUGCUGAGACGUGUGGAGGAAACGACCUGAAGCUCCACUGUAUCCUGUUCAGCGCCGAUGACAACAUCACGUCAGGCAGCAUGCCCGGCCGCUACGCCAACAUCAACAAAACUGCCGAGGCUCUGAAGAACAUGGCUCACACCGGGCGGGGCAGGUUCCACUGGUUCAACGAAUCAGGCAUCAUCGAGUCUGACGAUAUCACUGCUGUACUGAACGAGAGAGAUCGGGCUGUCAACUACUCUCAGAAGUGUGCAAUGCUGGUGGAUUCAGUCAAGAGAAGAGCAGAGGAAAGGAGAGCAAUCAAAUACCAACAGGCACUGGCUAUUGAGAAUGGUCAGCAAGACAAGAAAAUGCUUCACAAAAGACCCAAAUCUGCUGAGAAGAAGGCUCUCAUCCCACCCAAACCUACACAGCUCUUCUUGGCCAGAAAGCAACUCCUGGAAAACAGAGACUCAGAUUCUUCAGACAAACAGAAACCAUGGCGGCCCCAAAGUGCCAAGGCAACUAUUCCUGGAGUUUCGUCUUCCCAUGCUGGGUGCCUGGGUGAGAAGGUCCCUCCCAGCAAGAAGUCAGGCAGGCCUGCUACUCAAGUCUUCUACACAGAAGUGGGCAAUGACGUUGGUGUUGUUUUCCGCCAGUAUCCCAAGGACAGAAGUGUGAGGAAACACAUCCGACAACCCAUCAUCCCAGACAUGGAGGAGAUCAUCACCACCAAGCAGUGGCUGAAGAAGUACAGUCUGCUGAAGCUGGGGUUAGACCUACACAAACUGUGUGCCGGGCCAGACUGCACUCAUGAGAAGAGGAAAGUAGGAACUCUGCACAGGAGGGUGGCUGCAAAGUACUGCUCCAUCUUCCCAAGUGUUGAAAUCAAGGGUGUGGUGAAGCACCUGCAGCUGCUGCCACAUGAGCUGGAGGAGUACGAGACGCAGGUGGAACGGCUGCUGAAGAGAUACGUCAGCAGGCUGCAGUGGCUUCUGUCAGGCAGCAGAAGAGUCUUUGGUGUCAUUACAGAGAAGAAGGUUGCUAUCCUGGUGGACACCUCAGGCUCUAUGGGUCCACAUCUGCCAGAACUGAAGAAGGAACUAGCAUCACUGGUGUGGGACCAAAUCUGUCUCAACACAGAAAAGUUCAACUUGAUCAGGUUCUCCAGUGAUGUGGACACGUGGCAGGUCCAGCUGGUGGAACCUACAGAUGAGUUCUGCCAUGACGCUGUCCAGUGGCAGGCCACAUUUGUCGCCGAGGGAAACACCAACACACUGGGAGCACUGGAGGAAGCCUUCCAGGACUCGGGAGUGGACGGGGUGUACCUGCUGACGGAUGGGAAGCCUGACCAGAGUGCCUCCAUGGUGCUGAAGGAGGUGGCUAAGAUGAACGAGGGGAGGGGGGUGCACGUCAACACCAUCUCCUUCAACUGUGAUGACAGCACUGCCAACUCCUUCCUGAAGCAGCUGGCGUCAGAGACAGGUGGGCGGUACCACCGUUGCCAUGGUGAUUAUGAUGGACACAUGUUUGCCCACCGCCUCCUGACAAGCGAGUUCCAGGAUGAAGAUGAUCCCAACAUCCCCCCAUUCGAGGGCGAUGACCUGAGACGACUGGGAGCUGAGAUCAUGAAGGCCAGACAGUACCUGACGGAGUCCAGACAAUGGAGGUCCCUGCAUUCUCAAACCUCGAAACCCCACCAGAAGCAGUACUCCAAGACUUCCCCAGAACUGUUGGAUGCUGGGAAGGUACCAAAUGGGACGUCAACAAGGCCACUAUCCGCCUCGGCCGCAUUUAGAUAAGGGAAAACAUAUCACAUAACAUUCCAACCACAAACGCGAAAGCUUUUGUAUAUUUGAAUAGGAUAGUAGGGAUAUUAAGAUAGUAAAGUCAAUGUUGAAAGACCAUUGCUGUGUCACUUUGAAAGAGUCAGGUGACAUGGGAUUAUCCAGAGUAUCAUUUGUGUGAGUUUAUGCUCACUCCCAUGACUAAGUGGUAUAUGUAGUACCAGAUUAUACUUGUAUGGAAUAUGAACAAGGUAAUUAAACAAAAUUUGAAGAUACCACUAGCAUUCAAUGCAACAUGUUGAUGAUAAUAAAGUGAUAUUUGCAUGGUAAAAAAAUGGAGGGGAUGUAACUGAUAAGCUUAAGUUUGUAUUUUGUAAAGCUUUUAACUAGUUUUAGAUUAAGCAUGCUGAUUUUAACACUUUAAGGUUGGUUUUACUUGAUGUAAAUUGCUGCUGUGUACCAUAUUGGAAGUGUACUUAUCAUUAAUAGUAUCAUGCUGUAAAUAGUGAUAAAAGAUGGACCACAUUAUAUAUGGAACUCUGUAUAUCAGGUUUUGGCAUGUACUUAACAUUAAAGAUAUAUUUGGACAGAUCUUUGGUGGAUGUAUUAAGAAUACUGAUAAAAAUGUGGCAUGCCAUAAACUUUUUUGAAGAUACUGAUUUGACCUAUGUUGUACAUGUAUAUUCCAUUUCAUUGUGUACGAUGCUGACUGUGUAUCUGUAAAGACAUUUUAACAAGUCAGAAAAAUUACACAACAAGAUCAUGAGACAGUGUUGGCCCUUUUACCAUCAGACACACACUUAGUAGUGAUUGAUUGUAAUGUUGGUACCUCUGACAUUCUAUUUCCAGUAAUGGAUGGGUUGAAAUUAUGAUACUUCAAGCUGAAUUAUGCUAAAGUAAGUGCUGUGAUGACGAUGGCUGUGCCCAAGAUACUAGUAAACUAGACUGCAUGGGUUGCUACUGUAUAGAAAAACUAGUAGGAGUUUAGCAGGUCUAAUUGUGAUUCUAUUUUUGUGAUGUUUGCAAUUAUGAAAUGAAUC